CGCGCGUCGAAUUUCGUCUGGAUUUGUUACCCAUUGACAACAGAAAAGUUGCUGUAAACAUCAUUACGGAAUAAACACUUCUGCCGAAAAAAAAAACAUUCAAGAUGUCCCAAAAAAUAAUCGAGAUAACUUCUCAAAAGGAGAGCAAGUCUUCAGCGGCAGUGCACCUUCUGCCCUGCACAAUCCACCAUGAUGGUCCAGUCGACCAGGUACAAAGUUACUGGAAGCCCACAGAGUCGCAGGAUGGAAAGAAAACUGCCUUCUUUCGAGGGAGGAAGUUGCAUGGCAAGGCCAUCAGGGUCCCGGAGGGAUAUAAAGGCAUCGUUGUGGAAAAGGGACCAGAGGAUGGGCCGGCGGAGACCAGAGCAGAUGAACCGGUAACUGUAGAUGUUGACGCCGAGGAAAAGGUAGCGACAACCGCCUUGGAUACAAAAGCCGAAUUUGAAGAGAUGGUCAUCUGGGGCCACGAGUCCACGGCAGACGCAUCCUCAGACCCCUACGUAAGGGGAGUGGAAGAAUGGGUGUCUCUUGCAGAGCAGGUUCAUUCUUAUUAAAGUGUAAAAAUAUGAAUUUGUUUGUAGGAUUAUGUGUCGCCCUCUGCGUGAGUAACACUGACGCUCAGGGGUGAAUAUUUAGCCGGGUUUGGAUGGACUGAUGUUUAAUUGUCUUUUUUACGGCAUGUACGGCGUAUGGGAAACUGGGAAUAUAUCAUGAUUAAUCUGGGCAAGGCAGGCUCUGAGUAAGAGUUGGAUUGGGUUGCAUGUGCUUUUGGCGGGUGUACACACUGCAUAGAGAGGUUGCAUGGAGCUGACCAAGGGGGAAAAAUCAAUUAAACUGGACGCGACCCGACGCGUUAUACACGUCCCCGCUUUUGCGCCGUUGCCUGGCAAUGAAUGCACAUCAAUACAAGCGCCCGCCUCCUUCAAGCGCCUG